CUUUCCCUGAGAUGCGCGUCAGGGGACGACGGUAGCCAAUCUGCUCUUGCGUGAAGACGGUCGUAAAUCACUAGCUCAAUAUCCCUUGCUCCCACCAAGCUGUGUUCUGCUGACUCAGUGCCUUAUAGUAGUCCUUUCACUCGCCACAGACCUGAACUGCGACGUUUGCUUCGGUAGCCUACUCCAGAGUUACUGCACCAACGACAACUAUGGCUAAAACCGCAAUUGCGUACAAAGAGAAGAUGAAGGAGCUGUCUGUCCUCUCUCUCAUCUGCUCCUGUUUCUACCCGGAGGCGCGCAACAAGCUGGUGUGCGAGUUUGAAGACAUGGAGGUGAAGCCAAUCGAUAAGCGGGCCUCCGGUCAGGCGUUCGAGGUGAUCCUGAAGCCGCCGUCCCCCAUGUCCGAUGCUGCCCACAGCAUCACCUCGCCCCCCAAGAAGAGGGACGUCUCCCUGGAGGACAUCCAGAAGAAGCUGGAGGCGGCCGAGGAUCGGAGGAGAUCUCAGGAAGCCCAGGUGCUCAAGGCCCUGGCUGAGAAGAGGGAGCACGAGCGGGACGUCCUGUUCAAGGCCAUGGAGGAGAACAGCAACUUCAGCAAGAUGGCGGAGGAGAAGCUCAUCAUGAAGAUGGAACAGAUCAAGGAAAACCGCCAGGCCUACCUGGCCUCCAUCAUGGAGCGUCUGCAGGAGAAGGAGAAGCAUGCCAUGCUGGUGCGCAGGAACAAAGAGUUGAGAGAAGAGGUGACAGCAUGAGCUCCGCCCCCCAACCCCCCACCAGCCCCGCCUCCCCCGACCCCAGCGUACUGCAGCACAGCGUACAGCCGGAGGAACGCCCACCACCCCCCCCCCCCCCGCCCCGCCCCGCCACGCCCCGCCCUCUCACUUACAACCUCGUAGAAACGAAACACAAAAUAAACAUCUCACUCCUCUGAAAUGAAUGAUUUGCUUGAAAUCAAAGAAACAAAAAAAAAAGUGAAAAUGGGUAUUGCUUUUGUAAAUACUUCUUUUUUUGUUAUAUGAGACGACAACGAAAAAAAAAUGGUGUUACGGUGUUCGAUUUUAUAAUUUUGUUUGUUUCUGGAUGUUUUCCGUUUCUUUACGACCUGCGGCGCUUUGUCUCGUGACAGGCUUCGGUGUUGUGAGUUGCCAGGUAGCUGACGCUUGCGGUGUCCGGUUUCCCCCACGAUGUCUCUUUCUGUGUCGGUGUGAAGAAUGCAAGCGUUUAGUGUCACUCAGCCCCCCAGUUACAGUAGCGGUAGACUUCAUGUGGCCUAUUUAGCAUUUACGACUUUCUCUUCCUCUCUGUCUCUCUAUCACUCGCUUUUCUCUCUUUCUCUCACGCACACACGCACACACACACGCGCAUGCGCACGCUCGCAGUCUUCGUGAUGUGGCCUGGGCCGCACGUCUCCUGAACAGAGAUAGGCAAGUCCUGCGUUUUGGGCUGGGGGGGAGGGAGGGGGGGGGGGGCUCUGCGGAUUUUGGACUUUCCCCUGGUUCCAUCGACAGUCGUGGCUCCGUGCCCCCUCUCGCUGCGCAAUGGCGUCUAACCUGCAUGCCUCUCUGACCCCUCUGUAUCACCCUGCCCCCCACCCCUCCCCAUCCUUUCACACAGUACGCCCAAAUAUUUGAUCCAUUGCUCACGGUGGGAGUGCUUUUAUCUCUGUUUCAACUGUGUCUGAAAACUCUUUGCUUCCUUACACCAAGCUGAUUGGCGGUUGUAUUGCCCUUGAGCUGUGGUCCCUGGUCAUUGGUGAUACCACACAGUGGUCCUUUGGAUCACUUUCUGGUACAUUUUGUUUUGCCAAGGUGUGGCACGGGGAAACCAAUAGUGGUACGAGACUUAAACAAAUGUGGCAAAAUGUAGUCCACUGUGUAGCAUUUUAGCAUUUUACGGUGUUGAAGUAGAAUUUUAAAAACGCCGAAACGGAAUUGAAAAGAUGUUGGAACGGGAAGCGUCGAAGGAAUAAAAAUGCAUGCCUUAGCGUAGGAUAGACGUACACGCUGCCGCGCACAGAUUGUACAAUGAUACAGGGCUCCGGAAGGGCAUUGACAGGGAGCAGACGUGACGAGCCCGGUCCUUGUCGUUGCGACUUCCUCCUCCGAUUUUCCGCGCGCGCACGGACGUGCGUGCCCCCGAGCGUACGCGCUUUUCAGGGGAGCCGGACGGCUCAGGCUCGUCCCUUCUCUGUCUGGAACGCCGGAACGGGGGACGGGUGCAGGCUGGCGCACCCGUGGAAACACUUCAGUACUUCUCUCUCUUUCUGCCUGCAUCCUUCGCUUCCUGUUUGUGUUUACCUCCCCCAAAUAAUAUCUUUGUGAGCAAGCUGUGGUGAAUAAAGGUUUGGGGUUCUGUGAAUGAGA